GAGUAGAGAACCGUGUUGGGUUAAAACUCGGAACAAACUCGUCACACACAUCAUCGUCUUCUUCAAACUCUCUGCUAUGCUUUUGGCCCUUUAAUUUCUUCCCCAUUUUAGUCAUCUAUAAAACCUGUUCUGUGCACAAACGUAUAUAUAAUCGACGAAGAGACAAAUGGUGAAUCUUCUAGGUUUUGCGCCGGCCAUGGAUUUGGUAGCUUGGAGGGGACUCGUUUUCACCGUAUUCAUUCUCCAUUUCGUCUUCGCCUGCCAAUUCCUUCUCCUCCAACCACUCGUCUCUGCCCUAGAUGGAAAACCUGGUGAUACCGCUGAAUUGUUUGAGAGAGUUUCACAAAGUAUAAAGGUGAAACGUUAUAGUGAGGCACUUGAUGAUCUUAAUGCUGCUAUAGAGGCAGAUCCAGCACUUUCAGAAGCAUAUUGGCAUCGAGCAUCUAUUCUCCGUCAGUUGUGCAGAUAUGAGGAUUCAGAGAAAAACUACAAAAAGUUUCUGGAGAUGAAACCUAAAAAUUCAGCUGCAAAGAAGGAGCUUUCUCAAUUGUUUCAGGCUCAGAGUGCUCUGGAUACAGCUGCUAAUCUCUUUGAUUCAGGCGACUUUACAAAAUCGUUGGAUUAUAUUGAUAAAGUUGUGCUUGUUUUUUCUCCUGCAUGUUCAAAGGCCAAACUCCUCAAGUUCAAGUUAUUGUUAGCUGCUAAAGAUUAUUCAGCUGUUAUCUCUGAGACAGGUUUUAUGCUCAAAGAAGACGAGAAUAAUUUAGAGGCGUUGCUUCUACGCGGUCGUGCUUACUAUUAUUUAGCUGAUCAUGAUGUUGCUUUAAGGCAUUUCCAAAAAGGUCUCCGCCUGGAUCCAGAGCAUAGUGAAUUGAAGAAAGCAUAUUUUGGAUUGAAGAAUUUACUCAAGAAGACUAAAAGUGCAGAAGAUAAUGAAAAUAAGGGUAAGCUCCGUCUGGCAGUGGAGGACUACAGAGGAGCCAUUGCAUUGGAUCCUAACCACGUUGCACACAAUGUCCACCUUUAUCUUGGUUUGUGUAAGGUAUUGGUGAAGCUUGGCAGGGGAAAGGAUGCUGUAAAUAGUUGCACUGAAGCACUUAACAUUGAUGGGGAGCUUGUUGAAGCUUUGGUUCAGAGGGGGGAAGCCAAACUUCUGACCGAGGAAUGGGAGGGAGCUGUGGGUGAUCUAAAAUCCGCAGCUGAAAAAUCACCUCAGGAUAUGAAUAUUCGUGAAGCAUUGAUGAGGGCUGAGAAAUCUUUGAAGUUGAGCAAAAGGAAGGACUGGUACAAAAUUUUGGGAGUUUCAAAGACUGCAUCUAUAUCGGAGAUUAAGCGGGCUUACAAGAAGCUUGCUUUGCAGUGGCACCCAGACAAGAACGUUGACAACAGAGAAGAAGCAGAGGCCAAAUUCCGAGAAAUUGCUGCUGCAUAUGAGGUUCUUGGGGAUGAAGAAAAACGUACCAGAUUUGACAGAGGUGAAGACCUUGAAGAGGGUAUGGGGAUGGGUGGUGGUGGAUUUAAUCCAUUUGGUGGAGGGGGACAGCAGUUCACAUUUCACUUCGACGGAGGGUUUCCUGGCGGCGGCGGCGGCGGCGGAUUCCAUUUUUGACAUGCGUGUACUUUGGGAUUAUUUUACAAAAGAAGUUAUGAAGUGCUGCUGUUUCCUCGAGUAGCCCAACUCCUAUGUGACUAACUGCUAAUGGGUAUGCGGUGGUUGGCCAUUUUUAAGAUGUUUUUAAGAACAAAAUUGUACUUCCCUUGGGGGAAAGUUUUGCUGUUUACGGUGAAAUGACUGAGAUAGAUGAGCCCUCGUUUGAUUAUAUCUACAGUUUCAUAUAAUUUUCUAUGAUGCAUUCUGUACUCCAGCAGACCAUGUAUUCAAUCUGGUUUAGAUAAUUGAAUUCAUUUUAUUUUCAAAUGAGAAA